UCAUUUAUUGGAAAAAAUAAAUAAAAAUUCCUCUGCAGACUUGCAUUAAUGAAUCAGUAAAAUUCUGACUGUCAGAAACCAGUACGUAAGAGCUGACCAGUUUUGUUCCACUUAAAGAAUGUGCAUUCUGAUCGAAUUUGAAUGACUUGCGUUACAGAAGAGUAAUUUUUCAUGUACUUUGAGAACAUCAUCAAGCACUACAGCAGCUACCUCCGAUUUUGUUUCUAAGUGAGCAACUACUGGUUUACUUCAAAUGGCUGAGAAUGACAAACGAGUUUCAGAAAAUGUUUUUUCUUCCUCUCCUGAUGAGAAUGAGUUUCCUUCAGGUUACCCAACAAAUAUAUGUGAUGAUGUGCCAGAACCAAAAUAUCUCUGCUGUAACUGCAAAAACAUCUUAAAAAAGGCUCAGCAAACAUUAUGUGGGCACCGUUAUUGCUUUGCUUGUCUCAGCUGGCUUGUCAGAAACAACAAUAAUCCUGUUUGUCAGAAGUGCAAAGAAGAGGAUCCUACAAAUGUAAAUGAAGAGAUCAUUUUAUCAUUAGAAAGGGCCUUCACUGAUGCUGCAGUCAAUAAAGAGAUUUCAGAAAUGAAAGUCCACUGUAGUAACGCAAUAUGCAGCUGGAAUGGUGUCAUGAAAAAGUAUGAAGACCAUCAAACUCAGUGUGGAUAUGCGUUGAUCCCAUGUAAUACUGGAUGUGGACAUAUGAUAGUGAGAAGAAAACUUGCAUUUCAUCUGGAAAGCGAAUGUAUUAACAAUAUGAUACCAUGCCCAAAAUGUCUGCGAAAAGUUUUCAACAAAGAUUUCCAGAAACACAUUUGUGAAGUUAAAGAAAAAAGAUCAUCAAAAUCAAAAACAGAAAAUAUGUCAAAAGAUAAGAGCCGUCAAUUUUCAGGACACCGAAAUAAGGAUGAAUGUAAAUACACAGAAAUUGGAUGUACAGUCAAGGGAAACAAGGAGAAGUUAAAGGAGCAUGAAGCCUCAUCACUGGUGUCUCAUAUGGGACUAAUGUUGCAGCUAGUGUGUCAGCUUAAAAAACAGUUUUCUGCAGAGAACAGCACUGAAGAAGCUAAUGUACCUUUGUUUGUUAUAUCAUCUAAAGAGAAAGAAAUGCAAGCAACAAUUCCUGGUCAGCACGUUAAGGAAGCUGUGGAAAUAAAUGGGGACCUAGAAAGUGACUCUUGCCCUGCGGCUGCUCCCAGUCUUGAUACACAACACAUCACAGUAGAUACGUAUAAAAGCAAGAUUGUAUCACUCGAAGAGAAGAUGCAAGUAUUUGAAAAUGUUGUAACAGUUCUUUACAAAAAAGUGGAGAAGUCAGACUUGACUGUUACUGCUUUAAAGAGACGACACUUUAUAGACCAGGAAACUAUUCAAAUCCUGGAUGAAGAGGUUAAGCAGCUGCAACGGAAUCUCACCACAAAGGAGACCGUGAUCAAGGAAUUGCAUGAGCAGGUCCAUUCUGCUGAAAUCGCCACAUAUGAUGGAAUGUUCUUGUGGAAAAUCUCAGAUUUUACCAAAAAACAGCAGGAUGCAGUCACUGGAAGAAUUACUAGCCUCUCCUCUCCAAUAUUCUUCACUUCUAAGUAUGGAUAUAAAGUCUGCCUGAGGAUCUAUCUGAAUGGGGAUGGAGCAGGAAGAGGAUCUCACAUCUCAUUGUUCUUUGUUAUCCUGAGGGGAGAGUAUGAUGCUCUGCUACCAUGGCCUUUUAAACAUAAGGUCACAUUCAUGAUUCUUGACCAGAACAGUCGUGAACACUUCAUUGAUGCUUUUCGUCCCGAUAUUAAAUCGGCAUCAUUUAAAAGACCCAUUAGUGAUUCUAAUGUUGCCAGUGGUUGUCCUUUAUUCAUUGAAUUGUCCAAGUUGCAGACACCAAAACCAGCCUAUGUAAAAGAUGAUACACUCUUUAUAAAGUGCAUUAUAGAUGUUAACUCAUAGGCUCAGAAUGCAACAAAGCUUAUUCAGAUGUGCAAAAUUUGGAAAAAGUGAUUGAAAAGCUUGGAACCUGAAGCUGACGCACCUGCAUAACUGUAAAUAAAAACAAAAUCAGCAAACUGGAUAUUUUUCUACCAAAACUCUGAGUACUACAUUAAACAUAGAUAACUCAUGAAAACAUUCAGUUUUGGAUGUAUAGUGUAAAAUGCUUUAAAACAAAUCCCUGUGUGCAUUGCAAUCCCUAUAAACUGUGUACAAUGUGGCUGCAAUUGACAGAUGUUAGUGAAAAAAUGCAGUUCAAAAGAUAUUUGAGCACAAGUGGCCUGGGACAUGCUGCAAUCAGCACCAUUGACACUAGCUUUUUAAAAUAUGUUUCUCUUAACAAAAUGUAUGUAAAAUAUAUAAAUAGCAAGUAGAAUAGACUGCAUACUGGAGUGGUGUAGCCUUUUUGGUGUGAGCCAGAUCCCACAUUAUUUAUUUAUUUAUUUUUUACCAUGAGACCCUUACCAUUGGCUGUGAUACCUUGCUAGUGAUAUUGGUUAUAUACAACAUGAACAUUACUGAUAUGCUUUACAGCUACUGAAGGAUGGGCUCUCUGACCUAUUAACAUACCUAUAAGCCGGUCUUAUGGGUUUCCAUCUAGACUUCGUUUAUCCUUUAUAGUAGACUGUGCCAUCUCAAGCAGAUGAGGUAGCAUACUUAAUCAGCAGCAUGUUCUACUUCAUUAGGGACAGUAGUAGUGCAGACCUAAAAAAGUUAUUACUGCACUCGGAUACACCCAUUUUGUGCAUUUUUGAGUAGCUACUCAUAGUAUAACAUCAAGGAUAGCAAAGGUUCAAGGAUAACAAAAAAAAUUUCAUGGGAAACUCAGUCACACUUCAAUAAUGGCACACUAUUUGCCAUUACUAUCCCGACUUUCCCACACACAUAUAUAACAUAAACAUUUUAAAGUAAUUUAGUAUCUAGAAGUUUGUUAGUAUUUUUUGUAAAUUGUUAUAUAUCUUUACUCUUCCUUUAUGUACUAAUUUGUAAAAAUAAUGUUUAACCAGAUAAAGCAACAGCUCUGGUUCCAGUUCAAGCUUUCUGUCAUUUAAUAUAAGACUGAAUAUUUAGCCUAUUAGCAGAAAUUUAAAUCUGUUUUUCUUUACAACUGGUAUUUUGUUUACUGAAUCCAAUUCAAGAAAAAUGUCUUGUUUUGUCUUUAAAAUAUGUUGCACUUGUCACCUUCACCACAGUAUUCCACACACAUUAUAUACAAUGUCAUAGAUGUUAAAUCUCUCAAGGCACUGAACUUCAUUUAUUUUUAAAAUUAAUGAUUCCUGAUGCCUAAUGGACAUUUACAAUUAACUGUUUACUGCAUCUGCUGAAGUGAUCGACUUUUAGUACACAAAUGGUGUCAGUUUUUGAAAACUGUGACAUUUUCAGGGUAGACUAUGCUUUGUUUCAGAUGUGCCUUACACUGAUUUGAUUAAAAAAUCCAUUAUAGAUUU